AUGGCAGGACUCUCCUUCAUCGCGGUUCUUUGCUUGACCAGUGGACUCUGGCUCGGAGCUGAAGCCAGACGUUGCAGAGUCGGAGAAAAGUGUCCUGAGUGCCCGAAUGGUUGGUCUCAAUAUGGCUGUCACUGCUAUAAAUUCUUUAGCAGUGGCAAAACCUGGGCUGACGGACAGCUGGCCUGCAGGGCUCUGGACGCCAACUUGGCUUCCAUCCACAGCGCUGCGGAGCACAAUUUCAUGAGAGCCCUCAUAAAAAAAAGUGCCGGUUCCAACGUUCGCACUUUUGUCGGAGGCCACGAUAUGGCGAAGGAGGGAUCAUGGAUGUGGAGUGACGGUUCCAAGUUUGACUUCGACCUGUGGCUGGCAGGAGAGCCGAAUAAUCACGGCGCUGGAGAAGACUGCAUGGAGCUCAACUUCCGGGACAAACCAAAUGACAUUGCAUGCAGCAGCCCAAAGCCUUACAUCUGCGCCAAGCCUAUGUGAAGGCUCUGACCAGGAUAACAAAUCUGAGUAUGGAAGUGG